GCAAGGACAGGUCUGCUAUGGACGUCUACCAAGACGCUAUCAACUAUCUGGAGACGCACCGUGUUCCAGUGGAAGCAGAGACAGACAUCCUGGAGGAUGUUUUCCAGGAGGAGGCAGUGUCCUGUUUUCUGUCUCCUCUUAACACAGAGAGCUUAGACUUCCCCGACACCCCGACGUUGUGCAGCCCAGAGGAGAUGCUGGAGAGGAGACUCAUGUUAGUGAAAGGCAUCCUGGAGAGUGAGGAGGUUUAUCUCAGAGAGUUAGACGCCCUGCUCAUGCCCAUGAAGGCUUUGCGGGCCUCAGCUGGGACUUCCCAGCCGGUGUUGUCCAGUCAGGAGGUCCAGACCGUUUUCUACCAUGUACCUGAGCUCAGAGACGUUCACCAAAGGUUCUGCUCGGGUCUGAAGGCCCGUCUGAAUGCACAGAGCCAAACAGAGGUCAGUCCAGAUGAGAAAACAACAACGACAUGCAGAAACUCUGAUUUGGAGGUGGGAGACCUCUUUCUGAAAAUGAUAAAUCACCUCAGUCUGUAUGGAGGGUUCAUUGAAAACUAUGAGAAAGCCAUUGAAGUUGUCAGAAAGUGCACGCAGGCAGAUCCUCGUUUCCGCACAAUCGCAGAGAGUUUGACUUCUAAAAACACUUCAGAUAAAACACGGACAAAAUAUACAUUAGAAGCUCUACUAUACAAACCUUUGGACAGAGUAACCAAAACCACUUUAACACUGCAGGACCUGUUGAAGGCAACGCCGGUGGAGCACAAGGAUUACACAGCCUUGCAAGAAGUUCUGAGAUUGUCACGAAGCUUCCUGUCUGGCGUCAACGAGAGUUCGCAAAGUAAACGGGGGGUCACGCUCAGUCACGGCAUGAGGCGUCAGCUGAUGCGUGACGGCUUUGUGGUGGAUGUGAGCGAAGGAGUGCGCAGCCUGCGUCACCUCUUCCUUUACACCGAUCUCCUGCUGUGCACCAGGUUCAAACAUGCAGCCAGAGGGAAACAGGACCAGUACAGGUACUCCUGGUAUUUGCCUCUCGCCGGACUCAAACUCCGCUGGGCUGCAGAUGAGGAGCGACUGCCUGACACCAACGUUCGCCUCCACACCUUACGGACAAAGAUGUAUCAACUACGGCAGCAGCUGCAGCAACAGGCGAAAGGUACCAAGUUUGGGACUUUGGCUCCUCGGAACAAGAAGAAACUGGAACAGAUGRAGCUGAUGUUUCUCACCUUCUCUCCGGUUUACAUACUAGAGCUGCACAGCCCCAGUGGCAAGAGUCACUGUUUGCUCUUCUCCUCCCUGUAUGAACUGGAAGAAUGGAGAGAAGCCAUUUAUAAACUCACCACAGAYGUCGUUGAAACUGUCCCGCCUGACCUGCUCACUCUCACCUGUGCCUGUGUGAAACUGAGAAUGACCCAGCAGCCACCUCUUCACAGCAUCACAGCUGAAGAUGGUGAAGAUUUGCUAAACGGCACUUUAAGUGUGGCAAUUCAUUCAGCUGUUGGUCUGCAGCACCCAGUUUGUGCUUAUGUGUGCGUUGAAGUGGAUGGCUAUGAGUUUUACGACAAUCAGACUCAGACACAYUCCUCUAUCAGCAGCCUCAGCCCACACUGGGAUGAGGAGCUGUCUUUUGAGGUGGACGGUGCAAAGAACAUGAAGUUGUUAUGUGUGAGUCAAUCAGACGGACAGGAUGAUUCUGUUCUGGGAAAAACGACUGUAAAGUUGGAGCCUAAAACUCUGAGUACCCAAUGGAGAAGACAGACCCUGCAGCUGGGUCAGGUGGACCUGACGCUCUCUCUGAAGUACAGUUCUCACYCUCUUGAACCCCCCAGCUCCACAGUCCAGCCACCGCCUGUCUUCGGCAUCCCGAUUGAAACAGUAGCGCAACAGGAGGGUGUGCUGGUUCCUCACGUGGUGCGGUGCUGCGUGGAGGAGCUGGAGAGGAGGGGCUUGGACGAGGUGGGCCUCUACAGGAUUUCGGGGACCACCACCGACAUCAACAUGCUCAAAGCUGCGUUCAACAGCAAUCUGAGAGAAGCAGUAACCAGACUGAGAAGUGCAGAAGUGAACGCCGUCUCUGGUCUCCUCAAACUCUACAUCAGAGAUCUGCCCGAGUCUCUGAUACCUGCGGAAAUGUUCCAGAGUCUGGCAAAAACUCUGGAUAUCCAGGACCUAAACUCACGGCUGGUGUCCAUGUUGUCGCUGCUGGAUUCCUGUCCUGACGUGAAUCGGCACACUUUCCUCUUCCUCCUGCAUCACCUCCAACGAGUUGCACAGAGGCAGGAGAUCAACAAGAUGUCUUUGCUGAACUUGGCCACAGUUUUUGGUCCCAGCCUCUUACGCCCCCCAGUGGCUGGACUGGGGCACGACGGGCCCAAGGUGGACAUCUCUCAGGAGGUGGUGAUCCAGGCCCAAGUGAUUUUCAGCUACCUGCAGUGCAAUAACCUCCCUGAAGCCUGGACCUCUUCACGGUAUGACUCAGACUCUGACGACGAGACCACCUACAUGUGAGACCACCAUCUGUGUGUCGGCAGGCCUUAAAUAGCUCAUGUGGAGACAUCCUUAUGGGGACUGUAAGAUAAUAAAUGUAUUUAUUGAGAAUAAA